UGCUUUGCCCUCCUUGCAAAAGGUUCGCUCUCACUUUAAUUGUACGAGCAUUGCUUUUCCUCCACUUACGACAUCCUUCCGGGAACCAGCAUUCGUCUCCUCGCCCCGGCUCACAAUGUUCACACGUCUGAAGAAACGAUUCUCGCACCCAGGGUCGAAAAACAAAACUGAUCGUCCGACUGCUCCAUCUCCUUCAUCCAUCAAUUUCAACAGUUACCUCAACCGCGACCAUACUCGGGGAUUCCAAACCCUGAUUGCUCGAGCCCAGCGUGAACGAGCCAUUCAGAUACGGAAACGCAGCAUCUCCGUCGACCGCGAGGACAGAAGAAGUACGACGAAGACGCAGAAUCAAUCGCCACUUUUCGCAAAGUUGCCCGUUGAGCUGAGAAUCAAGAUCUAUGAGAUGGUUUUGUGCGAGACGGGACAGGUGAAUAUCAUCGAGUCUUGGAAUCGCCAUGAUCCUUCAAGGUUCUACGGCAGGACCUGCCUUGUGCCAGUGGUGUAUUGCCGAGAGCUUGCGAGGGGUAAGAGAUGCACAGUGCAGAGCAAUAUCCUUUUUACCUGUCGAAGAAUCUAUCGCGAAGCCAUCGAUAUUUUGUAUUCUGGCAAUGCUUUUAUCUUCUGGGACCGUGACAACUUUAUUCUAUUCUCCAAGACCUUGGUCCCGCACCGUCUGAGGAAGAUUAGGGUAAUCUGCGUUCAGGAAUUUGAUCCUUGUUGGAGGCCACGAUUUCAGUCCUUUCGCGGGAGCGAGUUCUGGCCCUUGGCAUUCCCCGACGACCUCGUUUCUGAGUAAUCUCUGCUCAGGG